AUGACUUCGUUGACCGAUACGACCCAAGGUGAUACACGCGACUCAUCAUUGAAAAAACCGACACUUGGCACUACGAAGAAUUGGAAACGCUUUUGGCUUGAUACAUGGCGAUUCGAAAUUUUGGCAUGGGCAUUUAGCGUUGUUUGCUUCGUCGCUAUCUGCACUCUACUCAAAGUAUAUGAGAACAAAGUGCGACCCCAGCUGGCAUACAGCCUAUCACUCAACGCAAUUAUCUCGGUCCUCGCCACAGGCUGCAAGUCCGCGCUAUUUCUAGUGGUCGGAGAAGCUGUGUGUCAGUUGAAGUGGCUCCAUUUUCGAGGUCCGAGGCAGCAAAGGCUGUCUGGCAUGCAGGAGUUCGACAAUGCCAGCAGAGGGCCGCUAGGAUCGAUUAGUAUCAUCGUAUCCCAUCAAGCAAAGUCGCUCGUCUGCCUUGGCGCGGCAGUCAUUGUUAUUCUUCUCGCAUUUGAGCCGUUUAUGCAACAAGUCAUCAGCUAUCCUGUAUUGGCGGUCAAUAUUACUGAUGGCAAAGCGGCUGCAAAACAACUACAUGGAGCCUUGGUGUCCCCUGCAGUUUUAAAAACCUUCACACUCGAGCAGGCUGCGCAAAGUAUGUGGAGCCUGUCAGAUGACUUCGCAGCCGCCUGGGGGCAGGGCCUUUGGUCGAAUGAUGGGUUUGAAGUUGCACCGGUAUGCUCAUCGGGUAAUUGUACGUGGGAAGAGUUCACCUCGGCCGGUAUUUGCAGUCAAUGCUCUGAUAUGACGUCUUCUGCUGUGCUAGAUUGCAACCCGCCAAGCCUAAACUCUUCUUCCAACAUGACUUGUCAAAUCAAGAUACCUGAUGGUGCUGCUUACACUUUCUCUGUCACCACCACGUUUCUAGAUGACUUUGCCCAAGUCGAUUUUAACCUCCCAUAUUCAAUUCUCUGGAGAGUCUAUGACAAUGAGAAUGUGGGCAGGAAUACAUCUCUGGCUCCCAAUGUUACCUUUGGUGGGAUGCGUUCCCCAAUAGCAGCAUACGGUCAUGCCAAAGUCAAUUUUUCGACACCACUCCACCCUUCACUGGUCAAUUCCAACGUCAUUUCUAUCAAAAAAUUGACUAUGUGUGGCCUAGGAGAUUGUUUGCGCAACUACAAUGUCUCUACGAGCAAUGGCCAAGCUUCAAUACAGACCGGAGACCCCGAGUUUGGCAUGAGAUAUAACGAGCGGCGUCAUAAUUUUACUGAUCCCUCUUCGGUGUUCACCUACGUACCAACUGAUUACGAUUUCACAUCUUGCUGGAUCCCUGAUAACAAAUCAAAAGCGGGUUUCGCAUAUUGUGUGCCCUGGUUCAAUUCCUCCUUACACUUCAUCUCGCAAGGCGACUAUGGCUUUCUCCCGGCUUCAGAUAAACAAACCUAUUCUUAUCGCAAUGGAUCGUUCCGGAGUGAGUAUUCAUUUGAGGACCCUUUCAUCAGUCGCAUUGACCAUCUUGGCUUGGAGAAAAUCAUGUCCAACGUUGCCGCUUCAUUGACGAAGCUACAACUGGAAAAGACAAACCGAACUUUCAGCGGCACCGCACACAGUAGCGAAGUCUUUGUGAAGGUUAAAUGGGAGUGGAUGAUUCUACCCGGCUGCCUCGUCCUUGCUGGGUCUCUUUUCUUCAUAGCAACAAUGGUUGUGAAUCGAACAGCCAGAAUGCCUCUAUGGAAGUCAUCGGCUUUGGCACCCUUGUACCAUGGAUUGGAGAAGCAAGAGGGGGAUAGGUUGGUAACUGCUAUUAGUAUGGAAGUGGAAGCGGAGAACUAUAAGGUUCAAUUGAUGAGUUCUGACGGGGACGGACGCCUGGUUCUACGCCGAAAAAGCCUCGAAUUUGACAACCCGCCCAAUCUCCCAGGUCCGGAUCUGACUCCUCGAUUUGGAUCGUCGUCUGCACAUGGGUAUACUCGGAUUUGA